AUGGUUAGCUUCAAACUAGCCGUUUCGGCGCUGCUCGCAUCUGUCUCGACAGCCGGGGCCGCCAACAAGGCCGUCUAUGCCCACUUUAUGGUCGGCAUCGUCGAACACUACACCGUUGAUGACUGGAAGGCCGACAUUGUCCAGGCUCAGGCUAUUGGCAUUGACGGCUUCGCUCUCAACUGUGCCCCUCCCCGAGUCGAUAGCUACACCCCAAAGCAGCUGGCAAAUGCCUACGAGGCAGCCAAGCAGCUCGGUUUCCACGUCUUUGUCUCUUUUGACUUUGCCUACUGGAGCAACGGUGAUACUGACACCAUCUACGGCAUCCUGAGCAACUACAGCGCCCACCCGGCCCAGGCCUACUAUGGCGAUGGUGCUCUCGUUAGCACUUUCGUCGGCGAUUCAUUCAACUGGAAUACCAUAAAGGACAGACUUGCUCCACAGAAGCUCACUGCUGUUCCUAUGCUUCAGGACCCCAAUGCCUUGAGCUCUCUCACUACUGGAAUCGAUGGUGCUCUCUCGUGGUACGGAUGGCCUACCGAUGGUGGCAACAGCGUCAUCAAGGGCCCCAUGACGACCAUUUGGGACGAUCGCUACCUUAAGAAUAAGGGCAACAAGAUCUACAUGGCUCCUGUUUCGCCGUGGUUUUCUACCCACUUCAACACCAAGAACUGGGUCUUCAUCUGCGAGGAGCAGCCCACUAUCCGGUGGGAGCAGAUGCUCACAAUGCAGCCUGAGCUUGUCGAAAUCAUCACCUGGAACGACUUUGGUGAGAGCCACUACAUUAGCGGCCCCGAGCCCAACCACAGCGACGAUGGCUCCUCUCAGUGGGCAGCCGGCUUCCCUCACGAUGCCUGGAGAGACCUCAUGAAGCCCUACAUUCUUGCGUACAAGUCUGGCGCAAGCACCCCCACCGUCGAGUCUGAAAAGGUCGUCUACUGGUACCGUCCUACGCCCAAGGACACCAAGUGCACCAACGAUAACAUCGGUCUUCCCCGCGGCGUCGAGCUCCUUGAGGAUGUCGUCUUUGCAAGCACCAUGCUCACUCAGCCUGCCCAGCUUACCGUAACCAGUGGUAGCCGCGGCCCCGUCACCAUCGAUGUUCCUGCUGGCAUCCACACCUUUAACUUUACUAUGGGUGUGGGCGACCAAAAAUUCUCUGUCAGCCGCAACGGCCAAACCCUCUUUGGCGGCACUGCAGGCCUCCAGAUCAAGGACACUUGUGUGGCUUACAACUACAAUGCGUUUGUUGGCUCGUUCCCAAGUUCUGGAGGUACCGUUCCUCCUCCUCCUCCUGUGAGCACCAGCAGCGCACCCCCUCCUCCCUCUAGUACUUCCAGCAAGCUGUCUUCUACAACCACGACUUUGAAGACAACGACUACCCCCAAACCUUCAACUACCACGACUAGCAUGACCCCUCCUCCUACCUCCUCUCCUGGUAGCGGUGAUCAAUGCAACGACGGAACCAACGCGGAUGGACAGUCCGGUAACUACAUUGGCCUUUGCCAGUUCUCGUGCAGCCAUGGCUACUGCCCUCCCGGGCCGUGCAAGUGUACCUCACACGGCGCGCCUAAGCCUGAGCCUCCUCAAUCUGGCUACGGUGGUUGCCCUCUCCAAGGCGAGGACGACAGCUACAAGGGCCUGUGCAUGUACUCCUGCAGCCACGGCUAUUGCCCAGACACCGCAUGCAGACGAUGCUAA